GCUUCUUACCCCAGUGGGUAAGUACCCCUCUUUGAAUAAUUUUUUGUUAUGACAACUAAAUUAGCAAAUGUUUCUAUUUAUUUCCCUUAAUAACACAUUAGAUGAUGCAACAUCAUCCUGCACAUGCUAAACCUAUGUCUAAAUAUGUUGCCAUUCAAUGCACAUUGUUCUUAAGCGGAGCAUUUGUUAUUGUAUCUCGGAAUAUAAGCAGAUGUAUAUUUUCACAUGAGGGCUCUCGUUACAUUUCUGGCUCAGUGCUAUCCACCCCCUUCAUCUCUCCCAUGGACAUCUGUCAGCAAGCUCAGGUAUCAUUUUAGAGAGGGAGCGAGAGAGAUAGCUGGGCAUAGCCCAAGGACCCCUGCCACUUUUGUUUCGACUGGCCGAGAUCUAGCAUGGUGCUCCACAAGGCCAUUCAGGCAGCUCGUGAGGGGGAUGUGGAGACUCUGAGGGCCCUGCAUGUGUCCGGAUGCCUCAGUCCAGCCAUCACAGACACCCAGGGAGCUUCACCCGUCCACCACGCCGCCCGCUGCGGGCAACUGGGCUGCCUGGAGUUUCUGGUGAACGAAGUUUGUUUCCCCUGCCACACCCGUACGAGAAAUGGAGCUACGGCCGCCCAUGAUGCUGCUGCCACCGGGCACGUGCGGGAGCUGCAGUGGCUGCUGAGACAGGAGAAGUGUGGGAUUGAGGAUCGUGAUGGCGAGGGAGCGACGGCCCUGCACCUGGCUGCCAGAUUUGGCCAUGCGGAGGCAGUACAAUGGCUGUUGUUUGAGGGAGGCAGCACAGAGGCAGAGACAGAUUGUGGAGCUCGACCUGUCCAUUACGCUGCAGCCAGCGGAGAUCUCACCUCCCUCAAACUGCUCAUGUCCAGCCCCCCGCGGUGAGACUCCCAGACUGUUACCGCCAUCCC